GCUCCAGAAGCACGCCAUAGUCUGGAAUACAAGCCAAGUCUCCUUACAGCAAGCAAAGGUCAUUAUGCGUCUUUGGGUGGUUUCAAGCAACUGUCUGCUACACAAGAGACUUGGUUGUCAGCCUUACAUGAUGGAUUAAGAGAAAGGAAAAAUCUUGUCCCGCUUCUCAGAUCGGUCACAAUCCAAGAUAAAACGGAUCAGAUCUGUCAAGACGUUAAAAUGUCCUCUUGAGAGAAGCUUUGGGGAUAACGAAACAUACAGAAUCGAAACAACGCGUUGCUAUGGUUGGCCAUGUUCAAAGUCCAGACAUUCAACAACAAAUGGAGAUGUUCCACAUUGAAUCAGAGAAUGCAGGAAUGGAGUCUAAUAUCCCACAGGUAUGGAAGGAAGGUGGCCAGAUAAACGAUAUGGAAACUGAGGUGCAGAACACAGAUGGAAAAGAUCCUGAGAGCCGCUGGGACGAGAUACAAACACUUAAUCAAGAACUGGACAACGUACUGAAGGACAGGGAUCGUAGAAAAGGACAACUCCACAAAUUAUGCACGGUGGAGUGGCAGGCUGUGAUGGAAUACCUGGCCAACCACAAGGCGGACUUAUCUUUGCUAGACAUAGAGAUACCAGGGUUUCAAGUCUUUCAGGGUUUACCAGGCAGACAACCUUCAAUCUUCCCAGGACGUGUCACCCCAGUGCAAGGUACAUCAGCGGUAUCAACAGUAGGUCACGAAGAAAUUGGGGAACAGUUCGGGCCUUCCAAAGGAAAGGGAGAAGACUCGAUGUAAGCAUGACGACAUUGU